AUGCUAGAAGUUGACGUGGAAGACCAUGAGGACUUGUUCAGCAUUCUGAAAAAUGUUGAGAAGAAAGACGUGCCUGAUGACAUGCUCCUGUUUUGGGAGGAACAAAAAAAGAUUUUGGAAACACCAAACAACAGACGUUACAGAUGGCAUCCUAAGUAAGUAGCUAAGUAAUCAGAUGCACUAUCACUGGUCAUUUUUUAGAAUAUCUGAUCAUGAUCCUUCAUUUUCUCACCAUGGGGGUCCAAAUUGUGAUUGGUUGCUUCCGAGGGCUUACACAUUAGAUGAUCAUCAGCAUCCAGGUGACUUUUAAAAUAUGGAAAUGACCUCUUCCCUUGCAAAUUAAUUGCAGGGUUAGAAAAAGAUUCUGGUCACCUGGUUCCCUGUAUAAACAUGGACAUGCAUAGGAACAGAGGAUAAAUUAAUUUCACAUUGCUAUUCUGAAAUAAAUAACUACAUGAAAUAAGUAGUUUCUUUAAGAUGCAUUGCAACAUUUUCCUUUUUUUAUUUUUAGAAUCAUGAAACUUUGUAUUGAACUCUAUGUCAAAAAUCCGCAUGUGCUUGACACACUUCGUGAGGUUAUCUACCUGCCAAGUAAUCGGGCAAUAAGGUUAGUAAAAAGAAAGUGUGCAAUAACAACUUCAAUAGAGGACACAUAUUGCUUGCAACCCAGUGACAAUUAUGUUGAUUUUUAUAUUUUAUUUAAUCUUUAAGAUAUCAAAAGAAUAAGGGAGGACAACAGCCUGGCUGGAAUGCCAACAUGCUUAAGUUAUGCAUGGAAGAAGCAGAAAAGAAUAACCUCAAGCCAGAGGAUUACUGGGAGGGUUUGUCCUUGAUGAGAUGA